GAUUGGCUCCCGGCCUGGGCCCCCGACGCUGCUGUGCCGCGAGCUCCGCCACAACAGAUGGAUCGCUCGCGCUCUCCUCCUUCUUCCAUCAGCUCGUGAUGGAUGCACGCGCCCCAGUGAUUGUUUCCAACGGUAGGAGAGCGAGCGAGUUUACCGAGCAGCUCACUAUUAACGGACAGUAACGGGAAGGAGAGAUUGAAGAGGAGCACCGGAGAGCCUUCGUUUCUGGGUUUGGUGAGCCUAGAGUGCAGCUCUAAAAGUCGGAAGGAAUCGGGCAGAAGCGUCGGGCUACCUCCCACUGGUGACUCAACAAGAUCACGCAGUCUUCACCAGGGUAUGUGGUGUGAGUGACAUUCUCGCCAGACUUACUUGACAGCUCAUCUCAUGACUACAGAGAAUGGAUGGCACACAGGAUGGGGUUCAGAUUGGAGUGAACAAGUUCAUCAGCAAGGCAACCGUCCUCUCACAUCUGAAGACGUACAACCUCUACUAUGAAGGCCAAAAUAUGCAGCUCAGGCACAGAGAAGAAGAGGAGGAGCUGAUCAUUGAGGGCUUGCUGAAUAUCUUCUGGGGCCUGCGACGGCCAAUUAGGCUUCAGAUGCAGGAUGACCACGAGCGUAUCCGACCGCCCCCUUCCUCUACGUCCUGGCACUCUGGUUGCAAUCUGGACAGUCAAGGUUCCCCCAGCAGCGUAGAUGGUCAACAAACAACACAGCAGAGUCCACCCACAGUGGAAGUAACACCACCUGACAACCAACCAGAGGACAAUGGUGUGACAGAAGAGGACAUAGAAGAGGACAGUGAGAACUCUAGCCAGCUCCUCAGGACGAAGAGCGAUGCUGGGGUCUUCAGACGGGGCCAGCGACGAUCACCGAGUGACCAGCGGAAAAUUCGACGCCAUCGGUUCUCCAUCAACGGACACUUCUAUAACCAUAAGACAUCUGUGUUUACUCCUGCUUACGGCUCAGUGACCAAUGUUCGGAUCAACAGCUGCAUGACCACGCCACAGGUGCUAAGAGUACUCCUCAACAAGUUUAAAAUUGAAAACAGCCCUGAUGAUUUUGCACUGUACCUCAUCCACGCAAGUGGAGAGCGUAUGAAACUGAAGCGGAGUGACUACCCUCUGGUGCUGAGAGUAAUGCAGGGUCCAUGUGAACAGGUCUCCAAAAUUUUCCUCAUGGAAGAAGAUCUGGGAGAAGAAGUCACAUAUGAUGUGGCGCAGUAUAUUAAGUUUGAGAUGCCUGUCCUGCAGAGUUUCAUCACCAAGCUGAAGGAGGAGGAGGACAGAGAGGUGCAGAAACUCAUGAGAAGGUAUAAUUACCUGCGAUGUAUAAUUGAGAAGCAGCUCAGAUGUCUUCCAGAGGGGGCAACAUGUAUGUGAUCUGCUCACAGUGAGGACUCCCUCUGCCACAUCAGACCAACAAAACCUUUCCAAGAGUACAAUGUUCUCCACCUAGCUGUGACCAAGAAUUAGCUGACAGUCCUUCAGUGACUGUCAAACUUUAACAUGCCAUAUUGUGUGCAUGUCAAGUGCGACCAUUUCAGCAAUAGUCUUUAAAGUCAUGCCAACAUGCACAGCCUUGAUUCAGACCCGGUCACUUUAUCAUCUAACUUUUCUCCCUCUCCGUGAUCACAUACAGUAUACAGAGAAAGACAUUCCUCUACUCCUGAAUAAUUUUGUCUUUGCAGUGAAAUUCUGUUCAGAUGAGCCUAAAAUCUAAUGUCCUGUCUUCCAUCUAUCCCUCAGACUGCAAGCUGAUACCCCAAAUCAAUUUAAAGCAUCUUUUUAUAUAGUCUUAGCAAAGUGCCUGUGAAAAGGUUUCUCCAAGCACAAAGACAAACUUUGAUCAAAUAUUGUGAAGUUAUCAAGUGGAAAAAGUGUAAACAUCAGUUCAGACUGAUGGUUUGCUGUUCCCAUCAGUCUGCUGGUGGUCUGAUGGUGACAACAGCUGUCCCUAGUUUUUCUGCAGACAUACAAAUGGAAUGUUAAAGAAGCUAAUAGUUGGAUAUUCUGGGAUAUACUGAUUCAUUUUAUUGCUUACAGUUCAGAAGAUUAGUACCACACAUGUCAGUAUGGUGUAUAUGAGGCUAUCACCAAUUAGCUUGGCUUAGCUUAGUAUAAGUUUGGAAAUGGGGAGAAACGGCUAGCCUGGCUCUGUCCAAAUGCAACAAAAUCCACCUGCCAGAACACCUAAAGCACAAUAAUCAGUGCUGUAUCUCUCAAUUAAUCGCUACAAAAACCAUCUGUAUACAAAUCAAUGAAAAAUGACAUGUUUUACAGGGGUCUGUGUGCUGGCUGGUUGGUUUGGCCAUAGUUUGACACAUAACUGCCUGUAAAUUUGUUGUUUUUACACCUUAGAUAUACUGUAUUUAAAUUUGUCAGCUAUGAGCUGGGUUUUGUUAGCUAGCUCUUUCCCCCUAUUUCCAGUGGUUGUAAUAAGCUAAACUAACCAGCUGCUGGCUGUAGCUUCAUAUUUAUCAUACAAACAUGACAGUGAUACCAAUCCUCUCAACAAACUCUCUGCAAGAAAUUGGAUAAACAUGUAUUCUGUCAUGAAAUAAUGUUAACAUUUUUGGGCUCCUUUUGGUUUUUGUUUUCUUGUCUGAUUCUCAAUACUUAUUGCCUUACAUAACAUGUAUAAGAGAAGCACAGUGAAAUACAGUUUGAUAGAACAAUUUCUUCUUCACACAGUGGGUACCAGUAGGUGUUGGACAUUAGCCUGGUUGCACAAAAUAUUCAUGCAUAGAAUAUUCAUCAAUUUUUUUUUCCUUUACAUCCAGCAAAGAAAGAUGCAAAAAGCACAAAAUGAGUAAAAUCCCACAAGACUGUGAAUUAUGCUGAUGAUCUGUAAUGGGAAGUGUUUUAAAUGUGUGAAUGGUCAUUUCAAAGCAGUACAUUUUGCCUCUACAUGCACAGCACUUUGCGUAUGUCUGCUUUUGUCUGUGUUUAUACAGCCCGUCGAUUCAGUAUUUUUAUCAGCUGUCUUGAAAAUUUCGCCAUAUAGUACAUAGUGUGCAUCAGUUCAUCAAGAGUGUGUGUUCUUGUGCUUGCUACAUAGUGAGGGCCAAGAAACUAUUUUUUGCUACAGAGUGAGGACAUUUUUGGA